AUGUUCCAGCGGACUAUUCUCAGACAAGCACAGGCCGCCCGGUCGGUACUGGCUGCUUGCACUUCUACCUCCACAUCCACCGCAUCGCUCCGACAGACAUCCCGGUUGCAACAACGCCUGCCAGCAGCUGUCCGACCUUUCGCCCUUCAGACUUCUCGUUUUUACUCCACCGAGACAAAGGAGGCCGAGGCUACCGAGGCAGAGACUCCUGAGGAUGCUCUCCGCAAAGAGGUUGAGGCAAAGAACAAGGAAGUCAUUGAAAUGAAGGAUAAAUACCUCCGUUCUGUGGCCGAUUUCCGUAACCUCCAGGAGCGCACUAAGCGCGAAAUGGAUGGUGCUCGUAACUUUGCUAUUCAAAAGUUCGCCAAGGACCUUUUGGAGAGCAUCGACAACUUCGACCGCGCGCUGCUGGCCGUGCCUGCAGAAAAGCUUAAUGCCCCCGAGUCUGAGGCCAACAAGGACCUCCUUGACCUGGUUGCCGGUCUCAAGAUGACCGAGAACAUUCUCAUGAACACCCUUGUGAGGCACGGUCUGGAGCGCUUCGACCCUAGUGAGAAGGUCGAUGGCAAGGUGCAGAAAUUCGACCCGAACCUGCACGAGGCCACCUUCAUGGCCAAGUCGGAUGCCUUGGAAGACGGUGAUGUCUUGUACACUCAGAGCAAGGGCUUCCGACUAAACGGUCGUGUUCUCCGGGCCGCCAAGGUCGGUGUCGUAAAGAACGACUAA